UGCGAGAAGACGGCGGUGGAGUUCGGGAACCAGCUGGAGAGCAAGUGGACUGCGCUGGGCACCCUCAUCCAGGAGUACGGGCAGCUCCAGCGGCGCCUGGAGAACAUGGAGAACCUGCUGAAGAACAAGAAUUUCUGGAUCCUGCAGCUGCCCCCCGGGGCUGAGGCCCCGGUGACCUUUGAAAGCAACGCCGCUUACUUUUCUGCUCAAGAGUGGGAGAAUCUGGAGGAGUGGCAGAGGGAGCUGUACAAAAACGUGCUGCGAGGGAAGAAUGAAUCUCUGAUCUCUCUGGAUUAUGCAAUCUCCAAACCCAACCUCCUGUCCCAGCUUCAGAGAGGAGAAGCGCCCUGCGGUGGGGAUGAGGCGGCUUCGAGAGACGUUCCAGCAGAACCAAGUGCAGCAGACUACGGCAUGCCGGAGCCGAGCUUUGCAGGCGUUGUGAAGCAAGAGGAAGCGCCGUGUGCGGAGGAGCGGGAAGCCAUGGAGGACGCAGAGUUUACCGAGCUCAGUGUGGUUCCAGCAGAGGAGGUGGUAACGUUCAAAAUAGAGCAGCUGGACUCUGAGGAUUGUCCCCAAAGCUCAGAGCCCCCCGCAACUUUAUCUGGGGAGUCGGAGGAGCUGCUUUUCCAGGGUCCCAGCGAGGCGCUGCCCUUCGAUAGUCAGUACAGCUCUCCUGUGCAGCCGGGAAACCAGAGCGUGAGUAGGCUGGUGCCGUCCACUCCAGGGGAAGAGGGUCUCCGCGAAAGCAAUGCUGUCACCAUCUAUGGGCAAAACUGUCCCAACAAGAGACCUCACUCGUGUACCGCGUGUGGGAAGGGCUUCUGUCUGAAGAAGAUGCUGACGACUCACCAGGAGAGCCAGAGCACACAGUGCAGCAGUGAGCACGCUGGAGACGAGGGCUUCCUCCAUCGACAGCACCAGCAGACCCAUGUGGAAGACGUGACCGAUGUGGAAGAUGUGACUGACGUGGAAGACGUGACCCAUGUGGAGGACGUGACCCAAGUGGCCACAGAGAGGUUCAAGCAGAAGCAGAAUGCCAAAGCCCACGCCAACGUCCCAGCCACGGACAAGGUGUAUGGCAAUCCCAGGUACACGAAAAGCGUCAACAUGAAUGGCAGCGGCAAGCCGAGUCAGAGGAGCCACCCACGGGGGAGACCUUACAAGUGCGACAAGUGUCAGGAGUGCUUCUCCCAAAAGAAAACCCUCAUCAUCCACCGGCGUAUGCACUCGGGCCAGAGCGGAGUGGUCCUUUGGUGCUCGUACUGCGGGAAGACCUUCAGCCACCCCUCCAAUCUGAUCCGGCAUCAGAGGAUCCACACUGGGGAGAGGCCAUACCAAUGCAACGAGUGCCUGAAGCGCUUCACCCAGAAGCAGCACCUCCUCCAGCAUGAGAAGAUCCACCUGCGUGAGAGGAACUGUGGGGUCACGCAGAGCGCAAGGAAGGCACCGCUACACAGCUUCUAG